AUGGCCGGUGUGAUCGAUGAUGCCCAGUUCGAGAGCCUGCCGCUCGCCCGACCGGUUGUCGAAGACUCUCGCUCAACAUCAUCGUCGAGCUCACCCGUCCCACCCGACAACGAAGAGUCCGACUUCUUCCUCGCCGCCAACGACUCACAGACUUCGCUGGGGGUACCGAAUAUUCAAGACAUGCAAGUCAACGACGACGAGUGCCUGCCUCCUAUACAGCGCCUGCCGAACGAGAUCUUGAUCGCCGUCUUCGCCAAGCUCAGCAGCUCAUCAGAUCUCCUACAUGUUAUGUUGACGUGCAAGCGGUGGGCACGCAAUGCGGUUGAUAUCAUGUGGCACCGCCCUUCGUGCUCAACAUGGGAAAAACAUCAAUCUAUCUGCAAAACCCUCGCCCUCGAGAAUCCCUACUUCUCCUACCGAGACUUCGUCAGACGCUUGAACUUGGCUGCCCUCGCUGCUAAGGUCAACGAUGGAAGCGUCAUGCCCUUGGCUGAAUGCAAACGGAUCGAGCGACUGACCCUCACUGGGUGCACCAAUCUGACGGAUUCCGGACUUAUCGCCCUCGUCUCUAACAACAGCCAUCUGUAUUCGCUCGACGUUUCUCUACCCCCGCCAUCAACCGAAAACCCGGCUGUUGACCACAUUACCGACGCGUCCAUCAACGCCAUCACAGACAAUUGUCCGCGACUGCAAGGACUGAACAUCUCCGGUUGCCAGCGCAUCUCCAACGAGAGCCUGGUUCGGCUUGCCCAACGAUGCAGGUACAUCAAGAGGCUCAAGUUGAAUGACUGUGUCCAGCUUCAGGACAGUGCUGUUCUCGCUUUCGCCGAACAUUGCCCGAAUAUUCUCGAGAUCGACCUGCAGCAGUGUCGGCUCAUCGGCAAUGAACCGGUUACUGCGCUCUUCACACAAGGCCACGCGUUGCGUGAACUUCGCCUUACUAACUGCGAAAUGAUUGACGACUCCGCUUUCCUUUCGCUUCCGCCUCACAGGGUGUAUGAGCAUUUGCGCAUUCUCGACCUCAGCUGUUGCCCGGGCAUCACAGACCGCGCUAUCGAGAAGAUUAUUGACGUCGCGCCACGGCUUCGGAACCUCGUGCUGCAAAAAUGCCGCAACCUGACAGACGCGGCUGUCUACGCCAUCUCCCGUCUCGGAAAGAAUUUGCACUAUCUUCACCUGGGCCACUGCAACCACAUCACGGAUGAUGGCGUCAAGCGCCUCGUCUCGAUGUGCAACCGCAUCCGCUACAUUGACCUUGGCUGCUGCGUAAACCUGACGGACGACUCAGUGACGAAGCUUGCCAACCUUCCCAAGCUCAAGAGAAUUGGGCUUGUGAAGUGUGCAAGCAUUACAGAUGCUAGUGUCAUCGCCCUGGCAAACGCGAACCGCCGGCCUAGGAUGCGCAGGGAUGCCCAUGGCAAUCUGAUACCGGGUGAAUAUAGCACCAGCCAGAGCUGCUUGGAGAGAGUGCACCUGAGUUACUGCACCAAUCUCACCCAGACGAGCAUCAUUCGGCUUCUCAACUGCUGCCCUCGCCUGACACACCUUAGCUUAACUGGAGUCCAAGCCUUUCUGAGAGACGAUCUGGAGAGUUUCUCCCGACCCGCGCCCAACGAAUUCACGGAACACCAACGGUCGGUCUUCUGCGUCUUUUCUGGUCAAGGGGUUGUCAACUUGCGAAAGCACUUCAACCGCCUCAUCGCGGCAGAGGAAGCGCGGCGCCGGGCUCCUAUCCCCGUGUCGGAGACCCCGAUUUUCGCUGCGACAGCUGGACCAUCUCAGCCGUUGCCAGCCCUGCAAACCAUUGACGCCGGGUUCGACGAUGGAGAGCCCGACGCAAUAGAUGACGAAGACAUUCUCGACGAUGGCUCCGAGAUGGUUAUUGACACGCAACCGCUGCUCAACCACCCGAACACAGGACUUCCCUUUGACCCGGCAACACUGGCAAAUCUACCACAGCACCCUGGCCGACCCGCGAGCCCAAACAGCCCGUUUGCCUAUGUGGCUGGUCAUUCACCAUAUGCCCCAGUAACCUUCUUACCCCGCACUAUACCUGGAACGCACAUCACGCCCGUACCGCUUUACAUUCCGCCGACAGGCCAAGUAGGAAGCGUCGGUAAUGGGAGCGCCAGUCAGCCACCCGCUAACGCCACCAUUUCGAGCGGGACCUCGUCAAACACAACGGCGCGGGUUGAUAUUCCAAACAACCAGAACGAUCCGUCGAUCGCUCACUCUCUGAUGGGCGGUAUGGGCCAAGUUGCCCCGAAUGGCGAGCUUCAGCAUGAUCAGGCACACGAGCCGCCUGCUGCUGGCGGUUCUGGCGGGGUUUGA